AUGGCAGCGAAAAUCGAUUUACCUUGUGUACCUCAGUUCGUGAUAGGAGGAGAACUUACAAAUGUAGCCCAAAGAUGGGAAGAUUGGAUGAAGAGAUUCAAAUAUUAUAUGGAAGCAUCCGGAGUUACUACUCAGAAACAAAAACGUGCGCUUCUCCUACAUUUAGUAGGACCUGAAGUUCAGGACAUAUAUGAUACUAUUGAACAUACAGGUGAGAACUUCGAUGAUACAGUUAAUGAUUUAAAUACCUACUUUGCACCCAGAAAAAACGUUGCUUUCGAAAGACAUAUGUUUCGUCAGGCAUCACAGAAUGAAAAUGAAACAGUUACAAAUUUUGUGACACGAUUGCAAAAACUGGCAAUAUCUUGUGACUUUGGAGCGGCAAAAGAUGACAAUAUCCGUGAUCAGGUCAUCGAUAAAUGCAAAUCAAGAGCACUAAGAAGAAGAUUUCUGCGAGAAAAAGAACUCAACUUGAUGAAAGUACUGAACAUAUCAAGGACCGUAGAAAUGUCAGAUAGACAGGCACAGAAAAUGGAAGAAAAUCCAGCUAUUCCACAGGAGGUCAACAAAAUUAACCAACAGAUGAAAUCGAAAAAGUUUCCAAAUUUCGAAAAACCAAAACCAAGUCGUGCAUGGGAACGGAAUGGCAGAGGUCAUGGAACACAACAUUCUGGAAACAAAGGACCCGGAGGGCAACACCAAUUCCCUAGAAACAACCAUCGAUGUUACAGAUGCGGAAAUCAAGGUCAUUUUGGUCGUGACUGCAGAAUAACACGGGGGAAAAAGUGCAAUAAAUGUGGAAAUGAAGGUCAUUUUGCAAAAGUGUUCAACACCAAGCGCCUUAAUUGCGUUGUUGAAAAUACUAACCCUGAAUUCGCCUUCAGUGUAUCUAAAAAUAAAACACCUACAAUCAAAGUUAAAAUCAACAACAAAGAUGUAAGUGUUAUCAUUGAUACUGGAGCUAGUGUCAACAUUCUGGACGGAGUAACAUUUCGAACCUUGUUCCCGGACAAUAAAGCUUUGAAACACCCAACAUCAGAAAUUUUUGCAUACGGAUCACCAAAACCACUGAAACAACUUGGUAUCAUUACGACAGAGUUGAAACAUAACGGCGAAUCUAUUCGAACAACUUUCCAUGUCAUUCCCGGAAAAUAUGGAAACUUGAUCAACAAAACAACAGCUGAGCAAUUAAAGCUGAUUAAACUGAAGCAGCAUUUCAUCCAAGAGAUAACAAAAGAAGCUUCCACAAUAGUUCAGGAAUACAGUGACCUAUUCGUUGGACUUGGAAAACUUAAGAAAUUUCAACUCAAGUUACACGUAGACAACACAGUACGACCAGUAACUCAACCCAUACGCCGUCUGCCAUAUCACAUGCGUGAAGCUGUUGGAAACAAAAUUGAUGAAUUGGAAAAUUUAGAUGUAAUUGAAAAAGUUGAGGGACCGACACCAUGGGUUUCACCUCUUGUUUGCAUACCAAAACCGAAGCAAAACGACGUGCGAAUCUGUGUGGAUAUGCGUCAAGCAAAUAAUGCGAUAAUGCGGGAACGAUUUCCUAUUCCGAAUGUAGAAGAAACACUACAAGAAAUGAAUGGGACAACAUGUUUCUCAAAACUUGAUCUUAAAUCGGGAUUUCAUCAGAUUGAAUUAGAGCCAAUUCAAGAAACGUAA